CGUAGAAAUCUGCGCACUUGUUUGCCGGAGUAGUUGGAGGAUCGCCUGGGAAGAAAUGGCGAUCAAUGUGUUGAGGACAGUUUUGAAGAAAUCUAGAUUUUUUAUCCAUGAUGGGAAGUAUUUAUUGCAAAAACAUAAUCCUGUUAAUGUCCUCGGGCAACAAAGAGGAUAUGCGGGUUCGUGGUAUCCAGAUGCAGAAUAUAUGAAACAAUUCCAAGGACCGUAUAUGUAUGCUCCUGAUGGAGUGAGAUGGAAUUAUCCUCCACCAGAGGAUGUAAAAAUUGUUCCAGAAAAAACAGUCAAGAAUAUAAGGAUUAACUUCGGCCCUCAACAUCCAGCUGCUCAUGGUGUACUACGUUUGAUCUUAGAGUUAGAUGGUGAAAUUGUUCUGUCAGCUGAUCCUCAUAUUGGUUUGCUUCAUCGAGGCACUGAAAAACUUAUUGAAUAUAAAACUUACAUGCAGGCUCUACCAUAUUUUGAUCGUCUUGAUUAUGUAUCCAUGAUGUGUAAUGAGCAAUGUUUCUCUCUAGCUGUUGAAAAAUUGUUAAAUAUUGAUGUUCCACUAAGAGCUAAGUACAUUAGAACGCUCUUUGCUGAAAUUACUCGAAUUCUUAAUCAUCAAAUGGGUAUUGGAACUCAUGCACUUGAUAUUGGUGCGAUGACUCCUUUCUUUUGGCUUUUUGAAGAACGUGAGAAACUGAUGGAAUUUUAUGAACGAGUAAGUGGAGCUCGAAUGCAUGCAGCUUAUGUUCGACCUGGUGGCGUAGCACAAGAUAUCCCUCUCGGAAUUUUGGAUGACAUUUAUCAAUGGGCAGCUCAAUAUGGAGCUGUAAUUGAUCAAAUGGAAGAUGUAUUAACGAGAAAUCCUAUUUGGAAAGAUCGAACCAUGGAUAUUGGAGUAGUUACGGCACAACAAGCUUUAGAUUGGGGAUGUAGUGGUGUUAUGCUUCGAGGAUCAGGAUAUAAGUGGGAUAUUAGGAAGGCUGCACCUUAUGAUGCUUACGAUCUCGUUGAUUUUGAUGUCCCAAUUGGACUAGCAGGCGAUUGUUAUGAUAGAUAUUUGUGUCGAGUUGAAGAAAUGCGUCAGUCCCUUAGAAUAAUUGAGCAGUGUCUUAAUCAGAUGCCUGCUGGUGAAAUUAAAGUUGAUGAUCACAAAAUAGUUCCACCCAGCCGUCAUGAAAUGAAAACUAGUAUGGAGGCAUUGAUUCAUCAUUUCAAACUUUUCAGCCAAGGUAUUCAAGUACCACCGGGUGCAACAUAUACUGCAAUCGAAGCACCGAAAGGUGAAUUUGGUGUCUACCUUGUAAGCGAUGGCACUAGUAAACCAUAUAGGUGUAAGAUCAAGGCUCCUGGUUUUGCACAUUUGUCAAUUCUUCAAGAGAUUGGACCAAAACAUUUUCUUGCUGAUAUCGUCGCUAUCAUUGGAACUCUUGAUGUUGUUUUCGGUGAAAUUGAUCGAUAAAAAAUUUUAUAUGGGUUAUAAUUAGUAACCAGUUUGUAUAUUAUUUAGUGAUAAAGUAAGUAAAAAAUUAUUAUUGAAUAAGAUAUAAUAAUAAAUAACGUUAAGAAACGUAUAACAAUUCAAAAA